ACGGUGCGAACAUGUACAUGAACAUGACCGAGCCGAGCCAGGACUAUGUGCCAGCCAGCCAGCCUUACCCUGGUCCAAGCCUGGAGAGCGAAGACUUCAACAUCCCACCCAUUACUCCUCCUUCCCUCCCUGACCACUCCCUGGUGCACACGAAUGAAGUUGGCUCUGGCUACCACUCUCUGUGCCACCCGGCGAACCACAAUGGCCUAUUACCGUUUCUCCCACAAAACAUGGACCUCCCCGAAAUCACCGUCUCCAAUAUGCUGGGACCAGAGGGAUCACUGCUCUCAAACUCCAUUUCUGUGAUGCAAGAGAUUCAGAACCCCGAAGGAACUCAAUAUAGUGCCCUUCCUCAGAUGGCAGCCAUAAGAACAAGGGGUCAACCUGCAGACAUCAGGCAGCAGUCUGGGAUGAUGCCGCAUGGCCAGCUAACCACCAUUAAUCAGUCUCAGCUCAGUGCCCAGCUGGGCUUGAAUAUGGGAGGCAGCAGUGUUUCCCACAACUCACCUUCUCCACCUGGAAGCAAAUCUGCAACUCCCUCCCCAUCCAGUUCAGUGCAUGAAGAUGAAGGGGAUGAAACUUCCAAGAUCAGUGGUGGAGAGAAGCGACCUGCCUCUGACAUGGCAAAAAAACAAAAAACCCCUAAGAAAAAGAAGAAGAAGGAUCCAAAUGAGCCCCAGAAGCCCGUGUCCGCCUACGCACUAUUCUUUCGUGACACCCAAGCGGCCAUCAAGGGCCAAAAUCCCAAUGCUACCUUUGGCGAAGUCUCCAAAAUUGUGGCUUCCAUGUGGGAUGGCUUAGGAGAGGAGCAGAAACAGGUCUAUAAAAAGAAAACCGAGGCUGCAAAGAAGGAGUACCUGAAGCAACUAGCAGCGUACAGAGCCAGCCUGGUAUCCAAGAGUUAUAGUGACCCUGUCGACGUUAAGCCGUCUCAACCUCCUCAGCUGAUCAGCUCAAAGCCAUCUGUGUUCCAUGGGCCCAGCCAGGCUCAUUCAGCCCUGUACCUAAGUUCCCACUAUCACCCACAGCCAGGAAUGAAUCCUCACCUUACGGCCAUGCAUCCCAGCCUCCCCAGGAACAUAGCACCGAAGCUGAAUAACCAAAUGCCAGUGACUGUGUCCAUAGCGAACAUGGCCGUCUCCUCCCCUCCCCCACUCCAGAUCAGCCCCCCUCUUCACCAGCAUCUCAACAUGCAGCAACACCAGCCACUCAGCAUGCAGCAGCCCCUGGGGAGUCAGCUGUCCAUGCAGGUGCAGUCGGCCUUACAUUCUCCAACCAUGCAGCAAGGAUUUACUCUUCAACCCGACUAUCCGACUAUUAUUAAUUCGACAUCUACAGCUGCACAAGUUGUUACCCAAGCAAUGGAGUUCGUGCGUUCCGGGUGCAGAAAUCCUCCCGCCCAACCUGUGGACUGGAAUAACGACUACUGCAGUAGUGGGGCCGUGCAGAGGGACAAAGCCCUGUACCUUACCUGAGAAUCCUAACUUCUUUCCGCUGAUAAAUUCAGGGAAGUCUUUUCACCAUGGAUGGCUUUGUACAGCCAAGGCGGUUCUCCAUUUUGUUAGAAAAUACAGAUUGCUAAGCAUUUAGGAGCUUGUGGGUCAACCACACUGGAAGACAUAGUCAUGCUUCUUUCUUAUCUUUUUUAAUCCUUAAUGGAAAUGGGUUUUCUUUUUCCUUGAAGGAAAUUUGGACCAUUCAGAUUUUAUGUUGGAUUUUUUUUUUUCUCUUUUGCUGUGAAGUGCUGCGCUCUAGUAACUGCCUUAGCAGCUAUAGAUGUCUUGGAUAAAAGUCCUGGAUUUUUCCAUUGGUUUUCUUAAUGGGUGUUUAUAUGAAACUACUAAAGACUUUUUAAAUGGCUUGAUGUAGCAGUCAUAGCAAGUUUGUAAAUAGUAUCUAUGUUACACUCUCCUAGGGUAUAAAAUGUGAAUGUUUUUGUAGCUAAAUGGUAAUUUUAAACUGGCUCAUUCCAGUGUAUUGGUUUCACAAUAGGGGUUAAAUUGGCAAACAUUCAUAUUUUUACUUCAUUUUUAAAGCAACUAAUUCUAUAUUUUCAAAAUAUUUGAAAAAAAAACUAUUCCUAAAUGAUUUUAAUUUACAUAGAAAUUGGCUUUGUGUCAUGGAUCAGACAAAAAGAACUAUUACUAAGGGUAGCGCAAACACCUUUAUUUUGUACUGCAAAAAAAAUUGCUUUUUGUAUCACUUUUUGUGUAAUGGUUAGUAAUCAUCAUUUAAAUCCUUUUAUGUAUAAAACUGCCAAAUGCUUACCUGAUAUUUUAUUAGCUGCAGAAACAGAUUGGAAAUACCUAAAUUAUAACCUUUACAUAUUUCUCUGUAUUAUUGUUUCUUCAUACUGUGUCUGUAUUUAAUCUUUUUUAUGGAAACUGUUGCGCCUAUUUAUGAAAUAAUAAAUAUAGGUGUUUGUAAGUAAAUUUGUUAGUGUUUGAAAGAAGUUUCUUUGAUGUUUUCAUUUUGGCUGGCAAAAAACAAAAUCACGCUUGGUGUGAAUAUUUUAUUUUUGGUUUUUACAGUGACAUGAAUAAAGCCAAACCUGCUUUUCAUUUGGCAGUAUAUUAAGUAA